UUUCACGUUUUGACAGCAAGGACAAUAUCUUGUGUUUGUAUUGGGACUGCAUUGCAGCCCCAAGUAGUGUAUUUGAAUUUUUAGAAAAUGUUGUCACUGAACACUUUGCGGAUUUUGUGCACAUCCCGGGCUUUACUGCACCACAGCUGGCUUAUGACGAAGCGACAGUCUGUUUAUAAAACUCUUACAUGUGCAGCACAUUUCAUGUCCACCAGCUUCCCCAAGAAGGACACAUGGCACAGCAACAUGGACCUCAACGCACUGGGAAAAGAAAAAAAGCGUAUUUACUCUACUUAUCCAGCCAGUUCAAUCAGGAAUUACUGCACAGGUCAAGUCAAACUGAACUGCUGGAAUUGCAAACAGCCUCUUGAUACAGCUCCUGCAUUCUUCUGUAUGUCAUGUCAAGUCAUUCAGCCUCCGGAAGAAGAUGCAUCCUACUUUACAAUUAUGGAUUGUGACUUCACAUUCACACUGGACACACAAAAGCUGCAGAAAAGAUACUUGCAGCUCCAGCGGUCGCUACAUCCAGACAACUUCAGCCAGAAAUCUGUGAAAGAACAGGAGUAUUCAGAAAGCCACUCGGCUCUCGUGAACAAAGCAUACCAGACUCUGCUUAAGCCUUUGAGUCGUGGUCUUUAUAUGCUGGAGCUGGAGGGGGUGCGUACAGACGAGGGCACCGACUCCGGGGCCGACUCGGGGUUCCUAAUGCAGCUGAUGGAGAUCAAUGAAGCUCUUGAUGAAGCACGGACUCCAGAGGACGCCAAUAAGAUCGGCCAAGACACAAAAGGGAAACUGGCAGUCUUGACGGAGGCGAUAGACGCUGCCCUUCUUGAAGGAGAGCUUCAAGCCGCCAAAGCCCUGCUUGCCCAAAUGAAAUACUAUGCGAACAUCGAAGAGAAAGUAAAGGAAAAACUUUCUGAAUUCAUGUAAUUUCCCCCUUAGUGUCACUUUAUUUAAUAUUUGUAGUUACUGUUAAAAAUGAUUGCACAUUUGUCUAGAGAUUAUAUAAAUCUAUUGUUGAAGUUGAAUAAUAAAACUACUUGUAAUGCAUCUUACAAAACUGAAUUAAUGGUGAUUUGUACUUUUUAUAUUAAUAAUUGUACAGAUACAAGGGUGUAAUUGGAUGCAUGCAGUAUCUCCCUUGAAUUCCACUAAUUUCACGAGCCUAAUCAUAUCCACUUGUACCUAAUGUAUCAUUAAAUAUGACAGAGAUCUAUAAUUGGCGCUGAUUAAAUGUGUUUAUAUGAUUAUCUUGCCUAUCAGUCCAGCACGCAGGAACAGUUCCUCAGGGUGCCUUUAAGUGGAGACAUAACACCUUGACAAUCGUCAUGCAGAGGCGCAGUACAUGUUGUACAAACUGGAUGUGAAACCAGAACGAAGUCCUUUAUUGGGGUAGACAACCUAUUGAAUUAUUCAUGGUGGCUUCGCAUCGACGCUAUGAUCAUGGAAGACACCACAGAAUGACGAUGACUUGAUGAGCCAAAGAUCUGUGAUCUGUGUAAAGUUCUAGCUCAUAAAUUGAUGCACAUUGACCCUGCACACCUAUGCCUGCAGCACACCGAUAGGUGCAUCAGAAUGUAAAUGAAUCCAUCUUCUCUCUCAUUUCAGUUUUUCUUUUUUUUAAACACCGUAUAUUUAUAAUCUGUAAUUGCUUUGCAAAUUGGAGCUCCAGUCACAUCAAGGCUUUUGAUCCGAGAAACCGAUACAGGUGCAAUCACGCUGAAAAUAGUGAGGUCGUCACUGAAUCUGAUGGCAGAAAGGGAACCAUCAGAUCACGUAUCAUAUGAAACAUGUUAUUUGACACACACUAGCGUGACAACCUAAACCAUUUAGUAUGUGUUAGUGGUUUUACCCUGACACUGUACACACCCCACUGUAACACAUUGUGACUGGUUGUUUAUUAAGUCUGGAACCACGAUGUUGUUUGUCUAUGGCUGUUUUUGUUUUUUUUUACCACGGAGAGGCAGUUUCCUUAAUACACAUGGAUGGACAUUGAAUUAAACAGUGCCCACCACAAGGAGACUAACAGGCCUAUUUAUUAUUCAUGUCGUAAUCGGAAAGCAUCUACGGCGCCUUUUGAAUUAAUGAGAAAAUGUGAUGACCAACACUGAAGCCACUGCUGUCUCCCAAAACUCUUUAAAAUGGAGUUUGAAAGAGACGAAAGGGGAAAAAAAGACCGACUACAGCUGUGCUGUGAAAUUGAAUUGGAUGGCAAGAUGAACUAGGUACAUGUGAUCACCAUACGCUGGCCAUGGUGCACUGGGUUGAUUCAAAUAUUCUGGAAAGGCCUACAUGACCCAGUUAAUAGAAGGCCUAUGAUUGCACCAAUUUGACAUUUUGGGGUAUUAGAUAUUCAAUAUUUUAUGGAGCGUUAGAUGAAAAAAUGUAUACCACUCACACAUCUGUCAAAUGAAUAUCAAACUGCAGCUGGUUAUCUUAGCAUUAAGAUUACCAGCGUCUUUACUUUAUAUCUCAUCGCUUUAAUCCGUAUAAAGCCAUAGUGCAAAAACAACCAUUUGCAGUAUCAGGCAGGGUUAUGUGCUGGACAUUUUCUUAGCUGGGUGCAGUUACUGCAAUGUGACUUUUAUUAACUUUGGACAGACCCAAGCUGUGUCCCCUUGUUUCUAGUCAUAAUGCUAAGCUAAGCUAACCAUCAGCAGCUCAGUAUUUAAGGACACAUAUGAGAGUGGUAAUGUUUAUGUAUAACCCUCGGCAAGAAAGCAAAUAAGCAUGUUUCCCAAACCGUUCCUUUAACACUGUGGAAGUAAUAAUGAGACUGUCUACAUGCAUUAAUACCAAAAUAUUUCCUUUCAUCAAUUUGGAAUUAUGUAAUAAGUGAGGCUUAUUUCGCUUUUCAGUUUUCAUACCGUCAAAAAAACGUUGUAUCGGCGAUGUUGUUUCCAAAUUGAGUCUCAUUUCAUGGCUGCAUAUCACCAUGUGUAGCGCCUGUGAAAAAUGAUUCCAGGCACAAGUGCUGUAACUUGGAAAAUCCCUGGAGAGCAAUUUUACCUGCAUGGAUUAUGGCGUCUAAAUAAGCCUCCAAAAACGUGAGUAACAGUGCAUGUUCUAAUUGCAGUAUUAAUCAUCUCCGUAUGGCCUUAACGUAAAUAUCAUAAUAAGAUUAAUGUGUUCCCGUGACCUGUGUCUUAAUCAUAAUGUUCUCUUAAUCACAUUAAGACUGAAAUGUUGGUGGGCCGCUGAAACACAAUUGCAGUACUCCUGACAGAAAGCUAAUGGGAAAAUUCCUCAUUACAGACUGUUUGGCUUAUGAUGAUGAAGUACAGACACGACUGUACUAUAUAGAAACCUUCAGCUAUGGAUACAAACAGCAGCCUAUUAAAGGUCUGAUUGACAAAAGUUUAAACCAGUAGAGGAUGGCUCACUGAGCUCUGUCUCUGUCUUUAUGAUCCUCGCCCCUCCACUCAGCUGCUGUGUGACUCACCCGUUGAGUGUGUGUCCCAUCAUCUCACAGAUACCUUGAGCCUGCUGUGUGUGCUUGUGUCUCACCGGGUAGUAAUGCCAUUAUAAUCUACCACCAUUAGGCUUUCUUCCCGCCCUUAAUCCGUGUUUUGAAGUUGUUUUCCUCGUCUCUUCACCAAGCCGCGUCGUUGCCUCCCCACAAAGCUCCUAAACCGCAGUCUACUUUGAAACCCAUUACUCUACGAAAAAUGUGCUCUCUGAAUCUUUCUUUGAGUGUGCACAUUUUGAUUUGAGUUUCCAGUCUGAAUCCUCCCGUUGGAACAUUUUGACACUGAUUUGUGUCGACAGAGGGAUGUGACAGUCUUCACAAAGAUCAAGAGCACUUGUAGCAAUCUGCUAUUUACACUGUCUGCUAUCGGUGACAACAACACAACACCCGGCAUGUCUCAUAUGUCUGGUAAUGUGAUAUUAUACAGUGAGCUAAUUGGAAAAUAGAAGCUGGCAUCAUAAAAUACCACUAUUUUUCCCUUUUGCGCUUCAAACAUGCAGGUGAGUAUUCAUUUUCUCUGAAUAUUCUCUCCACUUUCUGCUUCAUGUUAACAUCUUAUCUCCGACUUUAAUGGGGGAUCAGUUCAUUAAAAGCAUAGAUGCGAUAUCUCACGCACUCCAGAUUUUGCUUUGUUUUAUCCUAAUUGAAUGUAAUUAUAAGUCAAAUCAGAACACACUUUGACCAUAACCGCCUUUCUUCUCAGCUGCGUGUUUGUGGGGAGAAUUCCCAGAGGUGAUCCUUACUGCGGCAGGCGAGCUGCUCCUCUAAGCUUUUGAUAUAGCCUAUGCUGAGAGAUUUCUGGGGGAAUCUCUGCUCUCCGCAGCAACAUGAGGCAAAAAGCCGGUUCAUCUAAACACAUGUUUUUGUGUAGAAGUGGUUGUAUGUGUUUGCACAGACCAGAAUUGAGAGCCGGCGUAUUUUCAAAUACACAGUUGUCAAGUAAUCCCCAUAUCAAUAGGCUUUUCCUGAAGCUCUUGUCACAUGUAUUCCUCCAAAUUAUAAUGAAUUUGAUCUGGUACGCUGCACAAAUCAAACACAUUUUCUGUUGCGUAGCAUUCAUGUCUAGUAGCCCACAUCAGGUUACCGUUGCAGGUUUUUAAGGUACCUCUUUUCAUAGCUCAGAAUUGUGCAUAUAGGUUUCCCACUGCACACAAAUCAAAUCCAAGAUCCAGCUAUAGGGUAUUGCUGUUUAAAAGCCGGUAUUGCUUGUAUGUUAUUCGGUGGCAUACAUUCCUCAUAAUUGAGUCACUGAUGUGACUCAAACUGUCUCCCCUGAACGUUUAAGGAUGACUGUUCAAUCAAACUUUCUAUUCCAGUGAUUGUACAGGAAACUGGGCAUGGUCUUGAUAUUACAUAUUUUACAGCUGCAGUUCUUUUACCUAUAUGGUGUGGCUAUAUGCAAAGACAGGAGACCCGAUGAAUGCAAAUUUAUGUUUUUUUUUGCAUCUACAAAGUCAAAUAGCCCACAAAAGUAUAAUAUCAUUUAUCUGAGAUGUUUACAACAAGUUCUGGGGAGCUUAAUCCCCAUGGAAAAAGAGGGGUCCAGUUUAAAUUAAACAUCUAUGAAGCAGCAGGUUGCGGGUGGAUCUGCAAGUUAAGAGGGAUUCUUUGGAGCACUUGGCUGUCCCCUUGAAACACCAGGAGAGAUUGCUUCAAAAGGCUCCUUUGUGGUUCUUGAGUUGGGAAAGCCUUUGAAGGGGAAGAACCGGUGGUUUUAAACAAGGUGUAUGCGUGUGGAAACAGAUAAGUCAUUCACUUUUAGCUCAGUCGAGUGCAAACCACUCGCCUCUGGUGAGAUCACGCUCCUCACCUCAUCUCCUCCUCUGUGCUGCGGAUACUCCCCGCUGCCUAUCUCACAGCAAUCUCAUUGUCCAAGGUUCAGCUCUGGCCUUGUUUCACAUCUCAUCUGAAUAACUUGCACAGCAUUGAAUCACUGAAUUCCACUCUGACAUUGUGGCUCUUACGUGGCGAAAGGCAAAAACUUUUACAAAGCUCCAAAAACUUUGAGUAUUCCUUGCUUCGAUUUUACUCCCAAAUGAAGAUGAACACCAGAGGCAUAGGCAAAGACAGUUUAGGGGCAUGCUAGGGGAGCCCCAAAUGAAUGAAAAAUGUAGGCUAACACUAAUACAAAUUUAUUACGAUUGUUUUGACAAAAAAAGCUCACAACAACAUAACUACGUAGCCUAUUCAAAUAUAAAAGACCUAUUUUCUUGGUUGCCCGCAGCAUCAUCCUAGAACAUUACCCUAACAGCUAAUAGCUAGCUGGAGUUAACAUC